AUCGAUUGUCAGCACUUUCAUCUCUAUGAAUUUUGUAUUUAACAUUAGGAACGCUAUUUAUUAUCAAAACACCUUUGUUAUUAUAUAUUAGAGCCAAAGUGUUUACGGGAAAACCGAAUUUAGUUUAAUAUCUUUGACAUAAAUCUCCGUGCAAUAAACAGCACCUUUAUGCCUUUAUUAAUGUAAUUCAUAGAAAUUACAAUUUGUUGCAAUGAAUGCAUCGUUCCAUUCAUAUACUGAUAUACUAGCGGCACAUCAGCAGGAUUCCUCUAGUCCGGAAAACUUUCCAUCAGUAGUUAUUGGUUAUCGGACGAACCACAACAAGGAUAUUGCUGAAAGUAACUCAAAUAUAUCAUCGUCUCAAUUGUCGUUUAUGGAUGAAUCUUCGAAUGACUUCAAUAACCAACAGUUAAUAAAUCCCAGCACAUUAACUAAGUUGUGUGCCGGUUGUGGAGAUAAAAUAAGUGAUAGAUAUCUUUUAUAUGCUUUAGACAGAUAUUGGCAUAACGGUUGCCUAAAAUGUACCAUCUGUGGAGCGAUGUUAGCCGACGUCGGCUCCAGUUGUUUUACAAGGCGCGGUUUUAUACUCUGUAAAAAGGACUAUUCCAGUAUGUUCGGCACUUCCGGGGUUUGUUCGGGAUGUGGGGAAAGUAUACCCCCGAAUGAGAUGGUAGCAAAGGCUCUUUCUGGAAUCAACAAUAUCGAUUUACAAAAUCAACAAAAACAAAUUAUAAAUUGUGUAUUUCAUCUUAGAUGCUUCAGUUGCGCAAAAUGUGGCUCUAAUUUGCGUCCUGGUGAUAGGUACGCAAUGGUAGGAGCUAGUCUGGUUUGUGAACAAGAUUGGCAUAAAUUGCUUAAAAAUCCUUCAAAUUCUAAUGGAACAUUAGCACAACGGAAAGGAAAAGUCGGAAGACCAAGAAGAUCAAAGGACUAAUAUAAUUAUAUAUUUUAACUUAAAUAACAUAUAUUUUAGACCAUAGUUCAUUAUUUGUAUUUCUAUAUUUUAAAAUUCGAUCUAAUUAAAACAAAAUAUCAAAACUUAGUUUUUGCAUCCAGCUUCAGUAAUGAUAAUAGACAUACUAAAUACCACAAUAAAUAUAAGAAAAAUCAGCUAUCUUCGGGGUGAUAAUCAUUAUAAAAAUAAACAGUGCUAAUUUAAGACGCGUUUUUUAAACGCUCUUAAAUAUUAAAUGUUUACGUGAGAAUUAAAUAACGCGAAUAACCUAGCGCAUAAGUUAAAGCUAAAGGACGUUAAUAAAUUUAGUUUAUUUAUCCA